AACGAUGAAGUCUCGCGAUACUUGGAUCAAAUGGUUGAAACCCUCAGUUAACCAGUACUGUUGGUAUUAAUGUGGAUUUUGCUGCAAUUUUCAAGUUCCAGCCGCUCAGAAACUGUUUUACCCCCUGUUUAGAGGAAAGGGUUUGUCUUUGAACCAGUGAACAUGAAUCACGCUGCAGCCAAGUGGUACGACAGGAGAGACUGUGUAUUUGUAGAGUUCUGUGUGGAGGACAGCAAAGAUGUGCACGUGAACUUUGACAAGGCAAAAAUGGAUUUUGUCUGUGUCAGUGGAACAGAGAACAUCAAACACGAGAAUUCUGUGGACCUCUUCGGGGAGAUCGAUCCCAUCAAAUCCAAACACAGACGCACUGACAGGUCUGUGUUGUGUUGUUUACGAAAAGCAGAGACCGGGAGAGCGUGGCCACGGCUCACCAAAGACAAGACAAAAUGCAACUGGCUGAGUUUGGACUUCAAUAACUGGAAAGACUGGGAAGAUGACUCAGAUGAGGACAUGUCAAAAUAUGACAAAUUCUCAGAGAUGAUGAACAGCAUGGAAGGUGAUGAUCUUUGUGAUUUAGACGAGCAUUAUUCCGCAGACAGCGACGAUGAAUAAAUUUCCAACCCGGAGUAGAAGCCAUGAAAGCAGCACGAGUAGUAAACAAAGUGGGUUAUGUGUUGGUAGAAAGCAGACAGUAGAGGCGAGUGGCAGCAACGUUGGAAAGGAAACGUUAUCUCUGCACUUGUUUCAUAGGAAACUCCUAAAGAAAUUAAAAGAAGGGACUGUUGGAGACACAGAUGCACAGAUUCGUAGCAACGUAGUGUGCUGUGCUUUGCUGUUGUGUUCUGCAUGGACAGUUUUGUUCAAAAGAAAAUCUUGUCGUUCACUGAAUUAAAUGAGUGUAAUGGGAUGUGCUGAUGUUUUACCUUCUGUCUCCUGCAAUGUUGGGUAAACUUUUGAACAUUGUGAUAUGUAAUGAAGAAUUAAAAGAAAAAUUACUUACAGUGAAUAUUUUGCAAAAAAAUAGUAGAUUUUUAAUAAUACAUUUCCCCUGCUGUUUGUAUAGGAAAUUGCACUUCAGAUUUGUUAAUUUAAAAAAGUUCGGCUUAAAAUGGACUUUCCGAUGUAUGCCAACAUUUCCAAAUAUUCAGCAUAAUUGUUUUUUCAACAUAUUUCAAAUAAACUGGUAUGCUUGUGCAAA